AUGUCUAAGCUAGGUGGUUUAAGGGACAGCUCCAACCUUUUAGGUGAGAAGAAUAAGCUUCUGGUUGCUAACAGAGGUGAGAUUCCAAUUCGUAUCUUCCGCUCGGCCCAUGAGCUUUCGAUGAAGACCGUUGCAAUUUACUCGCAUGAAGACAGGCUCUCCAUGCACAGACUAAAGGCGGACGAAGCGUACAUGCUGGGCCCUGAGGGCAAACACACUCCAGUAGGCGCAUAUUUGGCAAUUGACGAAAUUAUCAAAAUUGCCAAGGAACACAAGGUGGACUUCAUCCAUCCAGGUUAUGGGUUUUUGUCUGAGAACUCAGAGAUGGCGAGAAAGGUAAAGGAAGCUGGUAUUACAUGGGUGGGACCGCCGGCUGAAGUGAUUGACUCAGUCGGGGACAAAGUGUCUGCCAGAAACUUGGCUGCCAAGGCUAAAGUUCCAACCGUGCCAGGUACCCCAGGUCCUAUCGAAACAGUCGAGGAGGCGCAGGAGUUUGUGGCACAGUACGGAUACCCGGUUAUCAUCAAAGCCGCUUUCGGUGGUGGUGGUAGAGGUAUGAGAGUGGUCCGUGAAGGUGACGAUAUCUCAGACGCCUUUCAACGUGCUACUUCGGAAGCCAAGACCGCUUUCGGUAACGGUACCUGUUUCAUCGAGAGGUUCUUAGACAAGCCUAAGCACAUCGAGGUUCAAUUGCUAGCGGAUGGAUACGGCAAUGUGGUACAUUUGUUUGAGAGAGACUGCUCCGUGCAAAGAAGACAUCAAAAAGUCGUCGAAGUGGCUCCUGCCAAGACUUUGCCAAAGGACGUCCGCGACUCUAUCUUGACGGAUGCUGUGAAACUGGCCAAAGAAGCAGGCUACAAAAACGCUGGUACUGCCGAAUUUUUGGUUGAUAACCAGAACAGACACUACUUCAUUGAAAUCAACCCUAGAAUUCAAGUCGAACACACUAUCACAGAAGAAAUUACAGGUAUUGACAUCGUUGCUGCUCAAAUUCAAAUUGCCGCAGGUGCCUCUUUGCAGCAACUAGGCCUUCUCCAAGACAAAAUCACCACGCGUGGGUUUGCCAUUCAGUGCCGUAUAACUACUGAGGAUCCAGCCAAAAAUUUCCAACCAGACACUGGCCGUAUCGAAGUUUACCGUUCUGCCGGUGGUAACGGUGUCAGACUUGACGGUGGUAAUGCUUACGCGGGCUCCAUCAUCUCCCCUCACUACGAUUCGAUGUUGGUGAAAUGUUCUUGUUCGGGCUCGACCUAUGAAAUUGUUCGCAGAAAGAUGCUUCGUGCAUUGAUCGAAUUCAGAAUCAGAGGUGUUAAGACAAACAUCCCAUUUUUGUUGACGUUGUUGACCAACCCGGUAUUCAUCGACGGCUCCUAUUGGACCACGUUUAUUGAUGACACGCCUGAACUGUUCAAAAUGGUCUCAUCUCAAAACCGUGCUCAGAAACUGCUUCACUAUUUGGCAGAUUUAGUUGUGAACGGCUCCUCUAUCAAGGGCCAAAUGGGCUUGCCCAAGUUGCACACUCCCCCAACAGUCCCGGCGCUUCAUGACGCACAGGGCCAGGUUAUUGACGUUCUUGCUCCACCACCGGCUGGCUGGAGACAAGUCCUUCUUGAACAAGGUCCAGAGGCUUUUGCCAAAGCUGUUCGUCAAUACAAGGGUACUUUGCUCAUGGACACUACAUGGAGAGAUGCUCACCAAUCUUUGUUAGCUACCAGAGUCCGUACCUACGACUUGGCUGCAAUCGCACCAACUACCGCUCACGCCCUAUCAGGUGCUUUUGCCCUAGAAUGUUGGGGUGGUGCUACCUUUGACGUUGCUAUGAGGUUUUUACAUGAAGAUCCAUGGGAGCGUUUGAGACUUUUGAGAAAACUUGUUCCAAACAUUCCUUUCCAAAUGUUGUUGCGUGGUGCCAACGGAGUUGCCUACUCUUCUUUACCAGACAAUGCCAUUGACCAUUUUGUUAAGCAAGCUCAGGAAAAUGGUGUCGAUAUUUUCAGAGUGUUCGAUGCCUUGAAUGACCUUGAGCAAUUGAAGGUUGGUGUAGAUGCUGUUAAGAAGGCCGGCGGUGUCGUUGAAGCUACUAUUUGUUACUCCGGUGACAUGCUGCAACCGGGUAAGAAGUACAAUUUGGAUUACUAUUUGGAAAUUACCGACAGGGUUGUUGCCAUGGGUACACAUAUUUUGGGUAUCAAGGAUAUGGCUGGUUUAUUGAAACCAUCUGCAGCCAAACUAUUGAUCGGAUCCAUUAGAGCCAAAUACCCUGACUUGCCAAUUCACGUGCAUACUCACGACUCCGCUGGUACUGCUGUUGCAUCGAUGGCUGCUGCAUCUAUUGCUGGUGCUGAUGUUGUUGAUGUCGCAACCAACUCUAUGUCUGGUAUGACCUCUCAGCCUUCCUUAAAUGCCUUGCUUGCAUCCUUGGACGGUGAAAUUGACACUAAUGUUGACGUGUCUUUAGUCCGUGAGCUAGAUGCCUACUGGGCCCAAAUGAGAUUGUUGUACUCUUGUUUCGAGGCUGAUAUUAAGGGUCCAGAUCCAGAAGUAUACCAACAUGAAAUUCCAGGUGGCCAGUUGACAAAUCUACUGUUCCAAGCUCAACAAUUGGGUCUUGGAGAGAAGUGGGCAGAAACAAAGAAGGCCUACAGAGAAGCCAACUACUUGUUGGGUGAUCUGGUAAAGGUUACUCCUACUUCUAAGGUCGUUGGUGACCUUGCUCAAUUCAUGGUUUCUAAUAAAUUGACUUCCGAUGAUGUUAAGCGCUUGGCCUCGUCUCUAGAUUUCCCAGACUCAGUCAUGGACUUUUUCGAAGGUCUAAUCGGCCAGCCAUAUGGUGGAUUCCCAGAGCCAUUGAGAUCUGACGUGUUAAGAAACAAAAGAAGAAAGCUCACAACUCGUCCUGGUUUGGAACUAGCUCCUUUCGAUUUGACACAGAUCAAAGAGGAAUUGCAAGACAGAUUUGGCGACAUUGACGAGUGCGACGUGGCCUCUUACAAUAUGUAUCCAAAGGUUUACGAAGACUUCCGUAAGAUUAGGGAACUUUACGGUGACUUGUCUGUGCUGCCAACAAAGAACUUUUUGUCACCUCCUACUGUUGGUGAAGAGAUUGUUGUUACAAUUGAGCAAGGUAAAACUUUGAUCAUCAAACCUCAGGCUAUUGGGGAACUAAACAAGGAAACUGGUCACAGAGAAGUUUAUUUUGACUUGAACGGUGAAUUGAGAAAGGUUUCAGUUCUAGAUAAGUCGCAAAAGAUCGACACAGUCUCUAAGGUUAAGGCCGAUGCUCACGAUCCAUACCAGGUUGGUGCACCAAUGGCUGGAGUUGUUAUUGAGGUCAAGGUUCACAAGGGAUCUCUGGUCAAGAAGGGCCAACCUGUCGCUGUUUUAAGCGCAAUGAAGAUGGAAAUGGUCAUUUCGUCACCAAGUGACGGCCAAGUCAAGGAUGUUCUUGUCAAGGAUGGUGAAAACGUGGAUGCCUCGGACUUACUAGUGUUGUUGGAGGAAUCUGUCCCACCAAAGGAGUGA